CCAAGAUGCUUGGUUGACUUGGCAAUGUGACGUCACCCACCCUUGUACCGCAGCGCCUUUCGCUAGUGGAAUUGAAAGGAAAAGGAAACCCCGUCGACGAUUCGCACUGUCAGAGAAGAAGCUGCAAGUUGAAAGGCAAAUCUCCUCCUAACCAACAUUACACAGUGAGCCAUCAUGAGUGGGGAAUCCAGUGAGAACUAUAUCCACAAGGCCAAAGUGGCCGAGCAAGCGGAGCGAUAUGAUGACAUGGCUGCGGUGAUGAAGUCUGCAACAGAAAAUGCUGAUGUAGAACUGACCAGCGAGCAGCGCAACCUGCUUUCUGUGGCCUACAAAAAUGUAGUUGGGGCCCGUCGUUCGUCUUGGCGUGUUUUGGCCAGCAUUGAGGGGAAGGCAGAGAACGACAGAAGAAAGGAAUUGGCCAAAGAGUACCGGGAGAAAAUUGAGGCUGAGCUCAAGGGAAUCUGCCAGGAGGUUCUGGAUCUCUUGAAAAAUUACCUCAUUCCAAAAGCCACUUCGCCGGAGAGCAAAGUCUUUUAUUUGAAAAUGAAAGGUGACUACCAUCGCUACCAGGCCGAAGUGGCAACAGGGGAUGACAAGCAGAUAAUCAUCAACGACUCCGAAAAAGCCUACAAUGAAGCUUUUGACACCAGCACAAAACACAUGAAGCCCACAAACCCAAUCCGGCUUGGUCUAGCACUCAAUUUCUCUGUGUUUUACUAUGAGAUUCACAAUUCGCCUGAAGAGGCCUGCAAACUCGCUAAAAAGGCUUUUGAUGAUGCUAUUGCAGAGCUGGAAACACUGAGUGAAGAUUCAUACAAAGACAGUACACUUAUCAUGCAGCUACUCAGAGACAACUUGACAUUGUGGAAUUCUGACAACCAAUCUGAGGAUGUAUAGAAGCACAGAGCCCAAAACCUUUUCUCCUUUGUCCACUGGCGAUAACCCUGACUCAUCUUCAAGACCUUAAAACACUGAGACCACCAUAAUGUCAUUGUUGUUCAGAUCUCUCCAAAAUUAUUUUUUCUGUUAAAACUUGUUACUCAUAUGGGUUUACUUUUUUUAUUUCAUAGAAUGAUGGGGGUACAUUAUAGAGUAUGUUUGGAAUUUAAUGGGUGUGUAUUUUUGGCUGGUAAUCUGACUUUUUUUUUUUUUUUUUUUCGUCUGAUGCAAGUAAGUUUUAUACUUUAAUGGUGGUGGGUUAGAUGGCAAGCUUUCGAUCCAUAAAAGUAAGAGUGCAGUAAUACAAUCUAUAGAGAAUCUCAUUCAUGUCAUGGAUCUUAGUUUGCUUAUCUUGUGAUUAAGUUGAAUAUCACAAUUCUAUCUUCAUGAGAGGAGGCAUAAGGUACUCUAAUAAGAGGAAUGACAGCAGUCAACAAAAGACAAAAAGGACGGCCAGGUCGGAACUCACAGGUUACAUUCCAUCACGGUCAAAUGCUUGAAUUUCCACUAUUUGAA